UCUCCUUUCACUCCACACGAAGUCCUCCACUUGGAAAUGACCGCACAAUUAAACGCCCCGUGCACAGCGGGGAUGGCCGGGUCCAGCGGGAUCUUGAUAAAAGGGGGUAAAGUUGUGAACGAGGACUGCUCCGUGAUCAGCGACGUCUACAUCGAAAAUGGUAAAAUAGUGGAAGUGGGACUGAACCUUCUGAUCCCGGGGGGAGUGCGAGUCAUCGAUGCCACCGAUAAACUGGUGAUCCCGGGCGGCAUCGACACGCACACACACAUGGAGCUGGAGUUCAUGGGCACCAAGGCUGUGGACGACUUCUACAUCGGAACCAAGGCUGCCCUGGCAGGAGGGACAACAAUGAUCCUGGACUUUGUCAUCCCUCAUAGGGGCAAGUCUCUCCUGGAGGCCUACGACUGCUGGCGAAAGAAAGCUGACCCCAAAGUCUGCUGCGACUACUCGCUGCAUGUCGCCGUCACAUGGUGGAGCGACGAGGUCAAAAAAGAGAUGCAGACGCUCACUGAAGAGAAGGGAGUCAAUUCCUUUAAAAUGUUUAUGGCCUACAAAGACGUGUUCAUGCUGCAGGACUCCGAGCUGUACGCUGCCUUCUCCCACUGUAAGGAGGUCGGAGCCAUAGCUCAGGUGCAUGCCGAGAACGGAGACCUGAUCGCAGAGGGUGCUAAGAAGAUGCUGUCUCUGGGCAUCACGGGGCCAGAGGGCCAUGAGCUGUGUCGGCCGGAGGAGGUGGAGGCCGAGGCCACCCAGCGAGCCAUCACCAUCGCACACGCUGUCAACUGCCCGCUGUACGUGGUCCAUGUCAUGAGCAAAUCUGCUGCCAAGGUGGUGUCUAAUGCACGCAGAGAUGGGCGUGUGGUGUUCGGGGAGCCCAUUGCAGCUGGACUGGGCACCGACGGCACUCACUGCUGGCACAAAGACUGGGCCCAUGCUGCUAGCUUUGUCAUGGGUCCUCCCCUCAGACCUGACCCCAGCACCCCUGGGUACCUCAUGGACCUACUGGCCAAUGAUGAUCUCAGUGUGACGGGGACGGACAACUGCACCUUCUCUGUGUGCCAGAAGGCUCUCGGCAAAGACGACUUCACCAAGAUCCCGAACGGAGUGAACGGAGUGGAGGACAGGAUGUCUGUGAUCUGGGAGAAAGGAGUGCACAGCGGCAAAAUGGACGAGAAUCGAUUUGUAGCCGUCACCAGCAGCAACGCAGCAAAAAUCUUCAACUUCUACCCGCAGAAAGGCCGCGUCGCCAAGAACUCGGAUGCCGACGUGGUUAUAUGGGACCCUGAGAUGACAAGGAGGAUAUCAGCCAAGACCCACCACCAGGCCGUGGACUACAACAUCUUCGAGGGCAUGGAGUGCCACGGUGUCCCUGUCGUCACCAUCUCCAGGGGCAAAGUGGUCUAUGAGGAUGGGCGGCUGCAGGUGUCAGCAGGACACGGCAGAUUCAUCCACAGGAAGCCCUUCUCUGAAUUUGUUUACAAAAGAAUCAGGCAAAGGGAUCAGGUGGGGAAACCUACAGCUGUGAUCAGAAAGCCCUAUGAAGGCAAAGUCAUUUCUAUAUGAACAACUGGCCCAGAACCUGGAAGGCGAGACAGUUCUGCAAGUCAUGCAUACAUUAUUCAGCCAUCAGCCUUCAGACAAAUCACCGUGUGCAGUAGAGGUGGCGGUGUGUUUAGGUCAGAUACUACCACUCUUCUAUUUGUUCAACUGUGUGAGGUUGUGCUGCUGAAAAGUAGACGUGCUCUAACAUAUAUUAUGCAAUCAAGUAAUUCACUGCAAGGAAUGAAAAUAGGGCUUAUGCAUGAUGUCAUGGUUGAGAAAUGUGGUGUGAUUUGGAAAAAGGGGAUCUUUCAUCACUUUAAGGUUUGUGCAUAGUUUCUAAAUAUGGCUUUAGUUGUGAAUGUGCCUGAUUUUUGUUGUUGUUGAAAUUUCUCCCAUUUUCCUUCAUGUUUGUUGCCAUUGGUAACCCAAAAGCAUCUUUCCCUUUGAUGAACUAUUCAUUAAAAUGAGUUACUUCGUUGA